AUGUCUCAACAACGUGACGAAAAGGAUAAUACCACUCUGAACGACUCAAAAGAGUCAACCAACCCGAAGGUUGUUGUUGAUUCUGUUUUCGAGACGUCGGAAAAGGUAUUUCUUGGAGGUAUCGACGAUGGCUCAGACGGACCCAAGAGAGGGUUCACCGAAGACUCAGAGCCUGAGUACGACUUCAAAUCUGAAGAGUUCGUUAAUAUCCCAGAGCUUGUACGCAACGUUGUCGGAUUCGAAGACGACCCCACUUUGCCAGUGCUCACCUUCCGCGCAAUCCUUCUUUCUGCGAUCUUUUGCACAACCGGAAGUAUUGUUUCGCAGCUUUCAUAUUUUCGAACUACAACAGCUCCAUUCCCUGUAUUCUUCGUCAUUUUAGCCUCUGCUCCGCUUGGUCGGCUAUUGGCACGUAUUCUACCUGCUUAUACGGUGCCCCUCGGACGCUUUUCCUUCUCCCUCAACCCUGGGCCAUUCUCCAUCAAAGAACAUGCAAUUAUCGGUAUUGCUGCCAACGCGGGCAGUCAAGGCCAGUGGGCAACUUACCUGCCAACCAAUGCAGCACUGUAUUACGGCAUCACAAUGAAUCCAGCUGUUGCACUCUUUUUUGGAUGGGGUGCCUCUCUACUGGGGUUUUCAUUCGCCGCAAUGGUUCGGAAGAUUCUGAUUGAUGAUCCCGAAUUCAUCUUCCCUUUGUCUCUUCAACAGGUCACAUUGUAUAGGAGCAUGCAAGGGAAGUCUGAGUUACACAAAAGCGUUUCCCAGAAACAGAUGAGAGUGUUCUGGUGGAUUCUAUUGGGCACAUUUCUCUGGCAAUUUCUCCCCGAGUACCUUUUUCCUUUCGUCGCUGCUCUUGCUCCUCUAUGCUGGUUCGCGAGUCGAAAUCACACUGUCAAUUUCCUCGGCGCCGGCCGUGGAGGGAUUGGGCUCCUCAACAUCACGCUCAAUUGGUCUAACAUCACCUCCACCGUCAUUACUUAUCCUUACAGUGUUCAAGUGACUAUCUUCGUUGGCUUUGUUAUCACAACAUGGAUUUUGAUUCCCGUUGCUUACUUUGGCAACUUAUGGGGGUCUCCUACGUACGACAUUAUGUCGAAUGGUGUGUUCCAAAAGAACGGCUCCUCUUAUCCAUUUGAAUCUUUAAUCUACACGGACUCGAGCGGUGUUCAGCAUGUCAAUGAAACAGCUUACCACGAGGUUGGUCUGGCAUACUCUGGGGCUCAGUACACAUGGGAAAUCUUCAUGUGGUACGCAUCGUACAUUUCCUCCUUUGUUUGGUGUGGCCUAUUCCUGGGCCCCAAAGUAGUCAAGAUCUGGAAAGCAAGAAAAGCAGAGGGAGAGUAUCAUCAAGAUAGAUUGAGUCGUAUCAUCCAACAGUAUCCGAGCCUCACUCUCUGGGAAUGGGUUUUGUUGACAAUUAUUCCCAUUGGCAUUUUGCUCGUUAUUGUCGCCACAAAGUCUGUUUGGAUGCCGACUUGGACAUACUUCGUCGCUCUGGGUUUUGGCGGCGCUGCUAUGCUGCCCAUGAGCCUGGUUUAUGCGAUGUCUGGAUAUUCGAUCAAGGUUGGGUUCUUCAAUGAACUUAUCUACGGCUACAUGAUCGACGCGAAGGGCUCGUCGCGCCAUCCCCUUGGCCAGCUAGCCUAUCGCAUUAUUUCUGGCAACGUCUGGUACGAUGCUCGUAUUGUUCUAGAAGACCAAAAGAUUGGGCACUACCUCCAUCUUCCUCCACGAGACGUGAUUGGGGUCCAAAUCAUCGCAAAUAUGAUAGCUCUCCCUAUCAACUACGGCGUCAUGCGUUGGGUCAUUGCGUCCAAAUUUGACUACGUGAGCGGUCGAGUCGCGGAUCCUCAAGGACAAUGGACUGGCCAAGAGUUCAAGAGCUACAAUACCGCCGGUAUCCAGUAUGCACUUGUCGGGCCAAAGAAGCUCUUCGCAUCCUCCUUCUUCAAGCCUGUACUCUACGGCUUCCCUGCUGGCGCGAUAGCACCGAUCAUUAUCUGGCUUCUUCACAAGAAGUUUCCAAAAGCCCGUUUCGACCUUUGGAACUCCACGAUCUUCUUUGCUAGCGCGGCAACUUUCCACGGAAAUCUUAGCACUGGGCCCUUUACAACUUUCCUUGUCGGGACCUUCUUCAACUUCUACCUCUACCGUUAUCGUCGCACUUUCUGGAACAAAUGGGCAUAUAUCAGUGGCGCAGCUUUGGACACUGGCUUCAAUGCUAACCUCUUGUUCAUCUUCAUUUUCCUUGGUACAACCGGAGCAGUAAUGGCGCACUGGUGGGGAAAUAAUGCGGAAAAUAUUGAGAGGUGCUUUGCCUUAAAGGGCUAG